AUGCAGUCACAUUCGAGUAUAACCCAAGAUUCUGCUACUAGUGAACAAAAAAGUAUAAAUGAAAACAGUGCUGAUUUUCAAGUGCCACCUCCAUCAUAUACAAGUGUCAUUUAUAAACUAGAAAAUUCUACAGACGAAAAUGGUGAGAGCCUUUCAACGCAACCGCCAAGUUAUGCUAACAUCCAAAAUCCAUCUGUAUUUUAUAUUAGCAACUAUCCUGGGCCACCAUUGGACGAUGGUGUCGUACAAAUAGUUACUUCUAAUCCUGUUGCAGCUCAUCAAACUGCCCCCAUAGGCUUGGUUCUAUCGAAAAAAAUGAGAAUCUACUUGAAUAUUAAUGGUGUACUUAUGAUAUGUUUUGGUAUGAUAAUAGUUGGUCUACAAAUAGGAUUGAUGUCAGCAUAUUCUAUGGCCUAUUACUAUUAUGGGUUUUGGGCUGGUGCUAUUAUCAUUUUUAUGGGAAUGUAUGGAUUGGUAUUAAAUCGUCGUUCACGUCACAUUGAUAUAAGGAAAUAUUUUCGUUCUCACCUAUGGCAACCCAUCUUUGUAGUUAUUGUGUUUGGUGCCAGCCUGUUUAUUGUAUUAGCAGAUCGAUGUGAUGACAAAAUAUCGAACAUAGAUGGUGUAUGUCCUCAUUCAUACGAAACACUUAACACUUUAUUAAUAACUGUUAUUGCAUUAACAUUUAUACAAUCAAUUAUAAAUACAAUAGUAUCGACAGUUAUUCAGAGACGAUAUUUUAGCCAGUAG